AUGACUGCUUCCCUCUGUUCCUCCUGCUCUCUGCCCCUCCUGCUCUCUGCUUCUCCUGCUCUCUGUUCCUCCUGCUCUCUGCCCCUCCUGCUCUCUGCUUCUCCUGCUCUCUGUUCCUCCUGCUCUCUGCCCCUCCUGCUCUCUGCUUCUCCUGCUUUAUGUUCCUCCUGCUCUCUGCCCUCCUCCUCUCUCUGCCCCUCCUGCUCUCUGUUCUCCUGCUCUCUGCCCCUCCUGCUCUCUUCCCCUCCUGCUCUCUGUUCCUCCUCCUCCUCUGCCCCUCCUGCUCUCUGCCCCUCCUGCUCUCUCCCCCUCCCUGUUCCUCCUGCUUCUCCUGCUCUCUGCCCCUCCUGCUCUCUUCCCCUCCUGCUCUCUGUUCCUCCUGCUCUCUGCCCCUCCUGCUCUCUGUUCCUCCUGCUCUCUGUUCCUCCUGCUCUCUGCCCCUCCUGCUCUCUUCCCCUCCUGCUCUCUGCUUCUCCUGCUUUAUGUCCCUCCUGA